UAAUGGGAAAACACUAGUAUCAAUGUCUUUUUGAUUUGUAGCCGUGUCAUGAGAACGGUGCAGAACUGAAGUUGUUGAUAUAGAUUAGGAGUGGAUAUUUGAAUAGCUUUAACAGGUUUGGACAGGGACUUUUUCAGAAAAGCAGCGUGUAAAAACGGUCAUAAGGGCUUGCCAUAUCAAUCUACGUCACUCUGUGCUACAAGUCCCAAAACUGUUUUAUCGUUGAAGUAGCUGAUUGUAGCAGCGACACUGACUCUCAUCGUCCUGUAUAGACUCGGGGGGGUUUCUGUUUUCCGUACAGAAACAUCGUGAGUGAUUCACGCUGUUCUUGUAAGGUGAACAGGAUCCGGACUGUCGCACUUUUCUCCGUCAGCGCGGAGGAGCAGCUUCUACAGGAGAUUUUUGGAGGAACUCUUCGUUUCUGGAGGUAAUUUUUUCGACUGAAAACGGGAUUUUAUGCGGUGCAAACGUUGAAUGAGAAGCUCCUAUUCGAGAGAUAGAGUUGAAAAUUGCUUGGGUGUGUAAAAGGCUUUGAAACAAAAACACUUCUAAAUAAUCAAAAAUUGGGAGGUUACCAUGAAAAAAAUGGGCCGAACAUCCACAACAGGAUGGAGUCUGGACCACAAACCUGCUUCUUCUCCAGUGACAAACUGUCACCCCAAUCUGAAGAUGUUUCUUGCAGCCUUAUCCUUCGCUUACUUUGCCAAAGCUUUAUGUGGCAGCUACAUGAAAAGCACAAUAACACAGCUAGAGAGGAGAUUUGACAUCCCCAGCUCUCUGAUUGGUGUUAUAGAUGGGAGCUUUGAAAUCGGUAAUUUGCUGGUAAUCGCUUUUGUGAGUUAUUUUGGUGCAAAGCUUCACCGGCCCAAGAUCAUAGCAGUCGGCUGUAUCCUGAUGUCUUUAGGCACAUUCUUAAUCGCCAUGCCUCAUUUUAUCACAGGCCGCUAUACAAUCCAAACAACCAUUAGAUCUUCAGUGAAUUCAACAAAUACCUUGACUCCAUGUCCAGUGAGAACUUCAGCAGAAUCCUCUUGGAAGUAUGAAGAACCCUCCUUAAUUGCCACUAGCGGCUGUGAUCAAGAGUCAAGUGUUUCAAUGUGGAUCUAUGUUUUACUGGGAAACAUCCUGCGAGGGAUCGGAGAAACUCCAGUACAGCCUUUGGGAAUCUCUUACAUUGAUGAUUACGCACAGUCUGAAAAUGCAGCUCUCUAUAUUGGUUGUGUCCAAACCAUAGCAAUUAUUGGUCCUGUGUUUGGGUACUUGCUGGGGUCACUGUGUGCUAAGAUCUAUGUCGAUGUUGGCUACGUGGACAUGGAUACGAUCACAAUUACCUCCAGUGAUGCACGCUGGGUUGGGGCAUGGUGGCUGGGGUACCUCAUUGCUGGUGUGAUCACCCUCAUGUCAGCUAUCCCUUUCUGGUUCUUGCCAAAAUCCCUCCCUAUGCCUGUGGACAAACAUGACAGGAGCUGCACUCCAGAUCAAACCAGAUUCAUCAAAGAUUCUCCAGUUAUGACCCACAAGAUCAGACAGGAGGAGCCAGCAAACUUAUAUCUGAUGGCCAGUGAAUUCGUUCCAACCCUGAAGACUCUGUUGGGAAACCCUGUCUACAGCAUCUACCUUUGUGUGACAAUCCUUCAAUUCAACUCUCUCAUUGGUAUGGUCACUUACAAACCCAAAUACAUUGAGCAGCACUACGGCCAGUCAGCUUCGAGAGCUAAUUUACUAAUGGGCAUGGUGAACAUCCCAGCUGUAGCUCUUGGGAUGUUCUCUGGCGGGGUGGUCAUGAAAAGGUUCAAGAUGGGUGUCAUGGGAGCAGCUAAAUUUGCCUUUGGGACUUCCUUGCUCGGUUUCUUCCUGUCUCUUCUUUUCUUAGCCAUGGGCUGUGAGAACUCAAAGGUAGCUGGCCUCACAGUUUCUUAUACAGGAGUUCAAGGUUUAUCCCACCAGGAACUAUCCCUCUUUUCUGACUGUAACUCCGGUUGCUUUUGCUCAAGCAAAGGCUGGGAUCCAGUGUGUGGAGAGAACGGGAUCACAUAUGUAUCCCCAUGUUUAGCUGGAUGCACUUCAGCCUCUGGCUCUGGAAAAAACAUGACGUUCGACAAUUGCAGUUCUUUCAUCAUUUCUCUCGGAGGAACACCCGGUUUUAUGCUGCUCGUCAGGUGCAUUAAACCAGAGUUAAAAUCCCUCGCUCUUGGAAUCCACACGUUGGCCACUCGUACUCUGGCAGGAAUACCAGCUCCCAUAUACUUUGGAGCUAUCAUCGAUACAACCUGCCUCCAGUGGGGAUACAAGACGUGUGGAGGAAAAGGCGCCUGCAGAAUAUAUGACACAUCAGCUUACAGGGUAGUGUAUUUGGGCCUCACACUGGGCUUGAGAACUCUUUCUUUUAUACUUUGCAUUUGGGGCUUUGCUUUGCUCAAAAAGCACCUGAAAAGAGAGGAGAAGAAGGUUCUGACCAACGGAAGUGCUGAGAUGGAGUUGCUGAGGAAAGAGGAGAACAGCUCCGCGCACAGUGAGCCCUUCAUAUUGGCCCUGGACUGCGAUGUGGAUCGAGAAACUGACUUGGUUUUGAUUCUGUGGAAAAGAAAACAAUUGAAACAUGUAAAAUGAGCUAAUCAGAAGGAAAACGUUCUGUCGUUUGGAAAGUCUUUACCUGAAGCUGAUGAUGUUCUCUUAAGAGUCUGUCGUACUCCAGGGCCAAACCUUUAGCCUGCCUCUUCAUCGCUUCAACUUCAGCAUUUGACUUCCGUCUAUCUAAUUCAAGCUCUUCAGAAACGAUGACUACAAACCUUCCUCGGCAGCUUUCAGUCGGCUGCUCAGCUUUUCCAGCUCCAGCUUGAGUUGCUCUUUUGUUGCUGCCAUGGAUUUUUCUCCUUCCAGGAGCACCUAAACACAACGACUAAAUUACUACACUCACAAACAGUCCGAAAAAAAUGCGAUGAAAACUCACUUCUUUGAACAUCUGCUCCUUUUCCUGGUGCUGCUUGACAUCCUUUAAAGCUGCAUCGACCUGCGCCUGAAGCUCCGCACUGUUAUCUAGCGUGAUGGCGGUCUGGUUUAGCAGGGUCACAACCCUGCACAUAAUACUGAAGGAAAGAAGAAAUAAGAACUGAGCGGCCUCUGUCUCAAGAUGUCUUUAUUAAAUGAGGGCAGAAAUAAACCAACAGCCACAGGAAGAGCGAAAAGCCACUGAUGUAAAGGUUCCUCUGGGCCCUAAACAGCUUCAUGUGAACGUUGUCGUACAAGUUCGGGUUCACGCUGGCGUCCUGCGUAGACUCUGGACCGGAAUAUUUCUGCACCUCCCGGACAGCAUC